AUGGAAGGCAGGGGUCCUAUUGGAGUUGAAGACAAGGAUGCCAUGCAGGAAGUGAUACCAGUGAUGCAAACCCCAAAGAUGAAGGGCUCCAAGAGGUAUGUCCACAGAGCAGAGCGCAUAAUACUCAAGAAAAAUGCACCAGUGCUGAUGGAAGAAGAUGUCAAGAAUGACAUAUGGCACUCCAUAAGUCCCCAUCAAGUGCACUCAUCUGUCCCUGAUGAGGAACCAUUGUGGAAGAAGCUGGUGGAAUACCUGGAGACCAUGCAGCAGCAGAAGCCUGCAGAAAAGAACCCACCUGCUGCUGCUGCUGCCACCAUCACAGCAGAUGACCCAGAGCAAGAACUCUGGCAACACAUAGAAAAGUACAUCAGGUACUUGCACAAGAAAAUCAGGAAACAGCGCUUGGCUCUCAAAAAACUUGCCAAGUACAAAGCCUUCCACAAAAAGUACUCCCCACUAAUCCAGACCAAUAAGAGGCACACUAAAAGGGACAAAGGCAGCACUUUCAACUCUACAACCACCAGCAGUGCUGCCAUCUUGCCAACUCCUCCUCAACCUCAGGCCUGCUUGAUUCAAUUCUUCACUCCUUGCAGCAAAGUGAAGAGCAGCAAUGACACAGACCCUCCUGCUGGCAACAAUAAUAAUGCCAUGAUGACACCAUCUCCAAAUGAAAAGUAUUCAGACUCUGGUCCUCUUUUCAACUUGGCAUAUUCUGAGGAACAGCUGGAUCCCUUAUUGUCUGAGGAAGAUUAUGAUCCUUUUUGGUGAUAAAUACAUUCCCUCCAUGUUU